GAUAAGCGAUGCAGUUUUUCCUUUGUUGUGUUGUCGACACAGUACAUGUACACGUGAGAGUGACUUAAGACCGACAGAACGAGAAAUGUCGACAAAAGGGUUGUUAGAGCGUCUGAGAGACGGAGAAAGCGUGGUGGUGGCGGAGGGCUACAUAUUUGAAUUCGAAAGAAGAGGGUAUCUAACAGCAGGAACAUUUGUACCAGAAGUUAUUCUCGAACAUCCAGAGCUCGUGAAGAGUUUACACGAAGAGUUUGUUCAUGCAGGAAGUGACGUUGUGUUGGCGUUUACAUACUAUGCCCACAGAGAAAAGUUACGCCUAGUUGGGCGGGAAAAUGACCUAGAAAGAAUGAACAUGGAGGCUCUCAGAAUUGCGCGUCAAGUCGCAGACGACACUGGUACAUUGAUGGCGGGAAACCUUUGCAAUUCUACGAUAUACAAGAAGGACGACGAACCAUCUAUCGCAAUGACUAAAGCGAUGUUUAAGGAACAGGUCGAGUGGGCGGUCAAGGGUGGAGCCGAUUUUAUUUUGGGUGAGACAUUUGGAGAGUAUGGCGAAGCUGCUCUCGCUCUGGAAGCCAUUAAGAAAUAUGGAAAUGGUUUACCUGCCGUGAUCACACUUCAACCCACGAUAUGUUUGGACACUCAGGACGGUAUCAAUAUCGGAGAAGCAUGUCGUAUGCUGGAGAACAACGGUGCCGAUGUAGUGGGACUCAAUUGUGGGCGUGGUCCUGUCACCAUCAUGGAGACGAUUAAGUGUGUUAGGAAGGCAUGUAAGGGACCUAUUGCUUGUCUGCCGGUAACCUACAGAACGUCUCCUGCCAAACCUACAUUCUUCUCCUUAACAGUUCCAGGAUCCGAAAAGCCUGCCUUUCCGCUAGAACUGUUGACGUGCUUAAGUUCUCGCGAGGAGAUCCGGACAUUUGCGCAGGAGGCUAAGGCGGCAGGGGUGACCUACAUCGGAUUGUGCUGUGGGGGGACCUCUCACACACUCAGAAUCGUGGCAGAUGUGUACGGCAAAAACCCACCAGCAAACAAACACGCCCCUGAAAUGCACAAGCAUUUUAUAUUUGGCGAUGAGUCAGAGUUUCAAGAUUAUUACACGAAAAACGCUAAAUCUAAAAUCGUCGCUAAAUAAUUUCAGGAUUCAUAUCUACAGAAAUCAUUCAAUAUUAAAGUACAGGUGGUGGGGAUAUUUCAGGAUUCAUAGCUACAGAAAAAAUUAAAUAUCAAAGUACAGGUGGUGGGGGUAUUUCAGCCCAUUUACUGAUGUGGCAAGCAACUGCGACUAAAAAUAAUAAAAGAAAAAACAAACUCAUUUGUGUUUGUAAUCGGAAUGAUUUAAAGUAGGUGAGUGUGUAGAGUCAGUGACAAUGACUGUCCUUAAGUGCUCAUAUAAAAAUGAAUUAUGCAAAACCUGUUUCAUUUCAGAUUGAAGUAAAUAUGACAAUGAUA